AGCAGAAAAGAAACUUUUGGACGGAGAGAUAUAAUUGAUGGGUCAAUAUAGCUAGGAGGCAACACACGUCAACAACCAUCUUCCAAACAAAGAAGGCCUUUAUUCUUGGGAGGGAGGCAGUAGUCUUAUAUGAAUGGCUAACACAAAUAGAUGAAAUGGGUGAUUUGAUGAUGAGUGGUUUGUAAGAGGAUAUGGCUUCCUGCCCCCACCCCUUCCCACUCUUUUCUCCUUUCCAUUUCUACCGCUCUCAAAGCAGUCUUUAAUCCCACACCUCUCCAUAACCCAACCCCCAAAAAAAAAAAAAAAAACUCAAGAGGGAGGUUCAAUCUCCCUCGCUCUCAUUCAAGCUCGAUCUGAACCCGGGAAAUUGAGAGAGAAAAAUCAGACCCAGUAAGGGCAGAUGGAGGACGCCGGGGGACUAAGAUGUUGGUGUUAUGGGUGUUCUCGGGUGGUGAGCCCGAUAAGGGAGAUUGAGCCGUUAAACUGCCCCUUCUGUGAUGGUGGCUUUGUGGAGGAAAUGGAAACUGCAGUAGGCUCCGAGAGCAGUGGCAGCGAGAUCCCUUUUGAUUCAGAACACGCCGCACUCUCCCUUUGGGCCCCAAUCUUACUGGGCAUGAUGAGAAGCAGCCUUCGCCAGCGCAACAGAUACACUACUACUAGUACAAGCAGUACCAGACUCAGACAUGUAGAGCUUGAUGAUGAUCAUGAAGAAGAAGAAGAAGAAGGUGUGGGUAACAAUGCUAGCGAACAUACCGAGCUCUAUAGGGAACUGGACUCCAUCAUUCGUAGGAGGAGGAGGAGGAGCUCAGCCACAAUCCUCCAACUCAUCCAAGGCAUCCAAGCUGGAAUGGCUGAUGAAACUUUUGCCAGGCAUGAUGAUGAUGAUGAUGAUGGAGAUGAUGAAAAUGAAAGGGAGAGAAGGGGGCGCGUGAUCUUGAUAAACCCUUUUAACCAAUCCAUCAUCGUCCACGGAUCGAAUAAUAACAGUUCGGGCAACCCCACCCCUCUUGUAGGCUCCUUGGGCGACUACUUCUUCGGGCCGGGUUUGGACGUGCUACUGCAGCAAUUGGCUGAGAAUGACCCGAACCGGUAUGGGACCCCACCGGCUCAGAAGAAGGUGGUUGAGGCCAUGCCCGUGGUGAGAGUUGAGGAUUCCUUGCAGUGUUGUGUUUGUUUGGACGACAUUGAGAUCGGUUCAGAAGCAAAGGAGAUGCCUUGUAAGCAUAAGUUCCAUUGUGGGUGUAUCCUUCCAUGGCUGGAACUUCAUAGCUCCUGCCCUGUUUGUAGGCACCAGUUACCCUGCGACGAGGACUCCAAUGAGCCUUGUGCUAGUGACUUUGACAAUGUUUCCAAUGGAGGAGGGCAUAAUAAUAAUAGGGUUGGAAGUUCUGGGCGACAAUUUUCAGUGCCGAUUCCAUGGCCAUUUGGCAACUUGCUUUCUCCUUCAACCACGACAAAUUCCGCGGGCUCAAGGUCUCAUACACAAGAGGAUUAGAUUGGCGUUCACAAUGCCAUAUUGAGUUUACAUGAUACUACACCAUUAUGAGUUCUGGGUUUUUCAGAUUUGUGAUGUUGCCCCAUCUGUAACCAUGAGGGCAUGCUGGCUUGGCUUGUAAUAUGCUGUAAUUUGUAUGAAUU